GUCGGGUUUCGUAUGCCACCGGACGAAGAUCCUCGCGACACUAUGCCUAAGAAGGAUGAUCCUGAUUAUGCCGCGACGGACUUCUCUACGCUGGUGUCUGCAGUCUCCACAGCCUAUGGCCCGGACUUUUUCGCCUACAUUCAGAAGCACGCUUCAGACCUCGACGUUCGGCGCAAGUACAAGAUCACCACACCGGAGGGGUACACUGUCCUCGACACCUCCUUGCGUGCAGCUCAAGGAGAUCAGGCAGAUAAGUUUUCUUCCGAGUUUGGGAAGAAGGCGCAUGCUGACCUGAUUGCUUACGAGAACCUCAAGGCGAAUCGCGCCCGGGACAUCGAAGAGCUCUACUCCAGGCCUUAUGAAGACUUCGCAGUUGAAGAGUUCCUUGAGAAACUUCCUGGGCCAACCAUUGAAGGGCCGACGUAUCCGGAGCCAAGGUCGAACAUCCCGAAAGCUCUUCUCAUGAAGAGGCUCACCACCUCUGCCAAAGCCACAGCAGAAGCAGAGGCCAACAACGAGAAGGCCUUUGAGAACAUUGCUGGGGCAAAGGAAAAAGAAGGCCUGGUUGACACCGUUGAAUACAAGGACUUUGCCCGUAUCCACCACCUGAUCGAGCGCACGAGUCCCCUCAUGAAGCUCGCCGAUCAGCAGCACGGAUACGCUCAAACAGGCUUGUAUCACGAUGGCAUUCGCAUCGACGAGCUCGGCUCCUUCAAA